CUCGUUGAGGUUGGUUUGCACACGCAUCUGGAGAGAGUCGGUGAUUCUCAUUCCGAAUUCCAGUACUCGCCUGGCUUAUAUUCAAAUUCUGCCGUCGUGCCUCGAUCGUGGUGCACUGAGCUCUCAAUCAGUUGACUAGGACUGGACGCAGUCGCCGACGGUUCCCUCACAGCAAGUACCAUAACUCGCCGUUUUUGUUUCCGUAAUCGAUUACAACUUGCCGUUUUCUGCUUCCGUAGUCGUCGCUUAUCGCCCGCCAUGUCGCGACGCUAUACCUAUUGCCUAGCCUCCCUCAUCUUCCUCUGCACAUUCCUCUGCCUGAUCUCCGCCAAAUCUCAACCACAAGCCGGCAUCGCAGCGUCUCAUUCGCAACGCGCAGCCGACACGCAACGGCGGCAUGGCGGCUUCCGAACACCGCGUUUCUCGCCGAGUCACCGCACCCUCCUAGUAGACACGCCUUCCGCCGAACCAGCCGCUAGAAACGAAGGUUCAGGCCUUCCAGGCGAAGGUUUGGCCGAUCAAGGCGAAGAAUCUUACAUAGUGCGCGCCGAGCCGGUCCCGAAACGCAUUCUUAGAGUCGCAUCCCCGGAGCCCGCGCAACGUGGGAGACGACAGCUGAACGCAGCGGAGGGCGCAGCGGCGGAACGGGGGGGAAGCGGAAAGAGUGGGGAGAGCGGAGAGAGCAGGGAGACGUGGACGGAAGCGGAGGAGCAGGAGCUCGUCAUUCCCAAGGGUGUGGCGUUCUAUCACCGGGGGAAAAAUCGCGGGGGGGACGGGGGAAGCGGAGGGGGAAGCGGAGGAGCGGGGACCAGAUUAGCUGCGCCCGUCGAUAUCACACCGAGCAAGCGCCGGAAUGGGAGUGGGGGCCAGGCGUCGGGGGGGAGCAGCAACGACGGCGCGGGGAAGUUCCCCGUGAUCUCCCCGGGGGGCAGCGGCGGGGCCGGGGGCGGUGGGGGAAGCUCGGGGGGAACGAAGAAGAAGCGGGGCGGACCGAAUGGCGGAUGGACGCUUGCGAAAGAGCGGAGGGUUUCGUUUUCGUCCGCGCAGGAGAUGAAAAUCGGCAACGGGCAGUUCGGAAAGGGCGGGAAAGUGACGUACCAUGGCGGCCCGGUGAUGGCCAGGUCGCCGAUUAAAGUGUACCUCAUCUUCUACGGCGACUGGGACAAAACGACCGUGGACCUGUUUCACAAGUUCGUGAGCUCUAUAUCGGGGAAAUACAAGACGCCCAAGGACCGUUACAAUGUUACCAGGUGGUGGGGGCUCACGGCGGCCGGCACGCAGGCGGACGGAAAGCGCGUGAGCGCGACCGUGGCGCUGGGGAAGUCGGUGCUGGACCGGAACUACGUGUCGGGCGGCGGGAAGGUUCUGCGCAACUACCAGAAGGACGUCGUAGCCAUCAUCAACUACCACCUGCGCGCCAAGCUGUUGCCGUUCGACACGGACGGCAUCUACAUGGUGAUGACGGAUCCGACGGUGGAGGUGAAGAGCAGCGACCCCAGGGACGGCUUCUGCACGCGCUUCUGCGGGUACCACAGCUACGGCCAGGACGCGCUGGGGAAGGCCUUGAAGUUUGGAUUCGCGGGGCACUCGGCUCGAUGCCCCUCGCAGUGCACCCGGCCCCUUCCCUAUGAUACGUUCAAUGGGGUCAAUGUCGACGCCACCUUGUCCACAUUCGCGCAUGAAAUAGCGGAGGUGGCCCAGGACCCACUGUUCACGGCAUGGUAUGACUACGAUCAAGUGGAGGGAGCUGAUAAAUGCACGUAUGUUUACGGGGAUGGGUGGGUGAAUCCCCGGAAUUCAGCGGCUUAUAACUUGAUGGGAAGGAGGGGGUCGAGGUUUUUGAUCCAGUCUAUGUGGAGCCUUGAUAAGCAGAUGUGUGUACAAUAGGAUGGCAUACUUCAUUUACACAGCAGGGUAUUGGUGCUUCAUCUAUACAGGACUUCGCAUUUAUUAUGCGUUGUUUUGACUUGCUCCUAUUGAUAAUAAUACGCGAAAGGCUAC